AUGGCUACAACAUCAACAAAACAAAACGACUACACACGUCACGUCACUGAAGAUACUUUACAAUCAUUAAAUCUUAAAACAGAAAACAAUUUUCAUGAAUAUGUUGUAGUUAUUGUAGGCAUUAAUGACCAUCAUUAUUUAUUGGAAAACUUUCCUACAAUUAUUAGUAAAGAUUGUGUACGAUCAUUUAAUGAUAUUGAAACAAGUCUUAAAUUUAUUCAUGAUCUAAAUGACACGAACAUUUUUUUAAUUAUUUCUGGCACAUUGGGAAAAGUGUAUGCACAUACAUAUGUCAAUGAACCACAAGUUAUAAGUCUUUAUAUCUAUUGUAUAGAUGAAAGCAAACAUGCACUAUGGACAAAAGGAAUGGAAAAAAUACGAUGUACUGUUUCGAAUACAACUGAAUUACUUAUUCGACUUCAUGGUGAUAUUAAACAACGUAGUGGACGAUGGGCAUUUGGACAAAAAUCCUUUCAACAAGCUUCAACGAUCACAUCUCAAUGGUAUCAUUUAUUUCUUCUAGUUAUCUGUUAUCAAUCUCAAUAUUCCAGAGAUUCUUAUAAUGAAAUGUUCAAUGAAUGUCGUGCCUACUACAGAAACAAUCCUUCUAUGAUUAGAAACAUCGAACGAUUCCAAUUAACGUAUGAAUCUGAUAAUGCCAUCUCUGAAUAUACAAAAGAUAGUUUUCUUUAUCGUAUCGUAAACCAUGCUUUACGUACACAAAACAUGGAAACAAUAAAAAAAUUUAGACCAUUUAUCAGAGAUUUACAUUCACAGUUGUAUAGCUAUCAUCAAAAGUAUUAUCUUUUCAAUGAACCAUUCAUUCGAGUCGUUUAUCGAGGACAAAAUCUCAGUUUGAAUGAACUCAAUUACCUUAAUUCAGUUUGCAAAUCGAGAAACCCUGUUGUUACAAUGACUGCAUUUGGUUCUACAUCACUUAAUCCUGAAACCGCAAUGAACUUUGCAUCGCCUGUGACCGAUCAAAUUCCUUGUCUAUUUGAGAUUGUUAUCACUGAUGAGUACAACAUACAACAGAAACACACCGAUGAUCACACACAAGUGUUUGCUAACAUUUCUUCAUUAUCUGUCAUGCCAGAUGAGCAAGAAGUACUCUUUUCUCUUAUAACACAUUUUCGUAUAAAACAUGUCGAAUAUCCAGUAAAUCUGUCUUCUGGUUCUUGGAUAUUCAUUACACUAGAACUUAUUACAGAUAAGCAAGGAGAAUGUAGUCUUAAUCACUUCAACAUUGUCAAAAGAAUUAGAAACGAAACAAAUCCAGACAUUUACAGCGAUAUUUUAGAUAUGUUAAAAAUGAAUGCUGAAGAUGAAUUGAAAUUCAAAAACAUGAAUUGGCAAAAAUGGUGGAAUAAUUUAAAUUAUCAGUGGGGCACACGUCUUGCAAGUGAGCAACCGCUACAUCUAAUACUCUAUGAUUGUUUUACCGAAGAUCUAUAUUGGUCAAGAAAAGCAAUUGAUAUACACAAAGAUAUUUUACGUACUAUUCCUAGGAUCAAAUCAUAUCAGUCAUCUUUUUCGUAUUUAUUUAAUACAUUUAAAUCUUGGCAGAAGAUCCCCACAAGAUGGAUAGCCUUAUAUGAAGAAUAUUUAGAACAGUUUUGUACGAAUGAUACCGAGGAAGUUUUUAAAUGUCUUCGCUUUGCCGGAGAAACUUAUGGAAUGAUUCGAGAUAAGGUACGUGCAUUAGAGUGUUAUCAAAAAGCAUUUGAUAUAAACGCAAAUGAUAAGUAUCAGAUGAAGAUGAAGAUACAAAAACAAAUAAAUAGGUUGGAAAAGCUUUCCAAAACAAGUCGAACGACGAAUAAUGAAUGUACAGUAGUGAUGAAAGAUGCUGACCGAAAAUUUUCAGAAAUGUACGAAGUACGGCAAGAAGAAUGGUUAAUGUAUUGGUCUAUGAAAGAUAACAUUAAUAGCAGGCCAUCUAUAACAAAACGUCUAGGACGACUCUUACGAUAUCUUGAACUUCGUGAGGAUUGGUAUGAUGCAUCUGACUCAAAGAUUACUCUUUGCUUACCAUAUAAAACUACUCAAGACUUAUCGGUUAGUGAUUAUCGUUCCUAUUUUUUAUCUGCUGUAGAAAAGCAUAUAUCAUCGAGUAUGACAACAAUAGACGCAACUAACAAUCGUACUCUUUCUCUCUGGCGUUAUAAAAAAUAUAUGCAUGAAUGGAUUUUAUUCAAAGCAUUAGAGAAAUUUUUACAACCAUUUCAACAAAAAUCAAGAUAUAUUAGCUUUCAGAUUCUUCCAAGACUUGAACGACUUCUGAAAAAGCUUAGUGUACUCAUUGUUUCAUGUACUGUUUAUAUAUGUAUUGAACAAAUAAGUGGUAAAAUUCGUGUAAACAAUCUUCAAUUUAUCGACUCUACACAAACAAAAAUGAAACAACUUAUUUUCUUCGAUCUUCAUGAUAGCGAUCUGUUAGCUGACCUUGAAGCACUCAAAGAAGAAAUUUCAACUAUUGAACAAAUCUCUAGUACUAUUACAGAUGACAUGAGUUCAAUACCGAUGGAAAUCUCCGAUUUUAUUGAAAAAUACAUGCAACCGAACUAA